AUGGCUACCCCCAGUGUCCUUACCUUUGAUGCUGAGGGUCGUGCUGUUGACUUCGAGGUCUGGGUCGAUGACCUGCAGCAUUUCCUACAGUGCGAUAGGGCAGGCGGACUCUCCCUGUUCGAUCUCACCUCUGGUGCCUCUCCUGCCCCGCUUGCUGGUGCUGACAACAUUGUUCGCUCACAGUGGGCCACACGCGAUGCUGCAGCCCGUCUUGCUAUGCGUUGCCACUUACCGACCGCUGAGCGUGUGCACUUUAGUCAGUACAAGAGUGCUAAGACCUUGUACAACGCUGUAGUUGCACGCUACUCUUCCCCUGCGACUGCUGCUCUUAGCCGCCUCAUACUGCCGUACCUGUUUCCUGACCUUGCUGCCUUUCGCACAGUCGCUGACCUCAUUACGCACCUUUGCACUAGUGACACUCGCUACCGCACUGCGCUUCCUGCUGAGUUCUGCGCCAAGAACCCUCCCCCCAGGUACAUCACCCUCUACUAUAUAGUCACCCGGCUCCCUGACUCCCUUCGCUUAGUCAGGGACCACUUCCUCUCAGUUUGCCCCACCACACUCACCGUUGACCUCCUCAAGGAGCGCCUCCUGGCAGCAGAGAAGAGUACAGUCGAUGUAGGAGCCUCUAGAGGUGACCCGCGUGCCCCUGUCUUUGAGGGGUGCUCCCCCUCCCCCCUUUUGCCCUCUGUUGCCUCUGCUGCUGCCGUCGACUUCGUUGGCACCGAGUCGGUCGGCUCUGCGUCUGCCCCUAGCGGGCGACGCCGUACCGGCAAGGGCAAGGGGGGCAUGGGUGCUGGAGGGGCUGGCGGGGGCGGUGGAGGUGGAGGUGGAGGAGGCGGAGGGAGUGGGGGUGGUGGUGGGAGUGGUGGCGGGGGUGGGGGCUUCGGGGGCGGCAGUGGCGGCCGAGCCGGCGACAGAGGUGGCGGUGGGAGCGAAGGAGGAGGCAGUGGCGGCGGUGGCGGAGGUGGCGGCGGAGGAGGUGGAGAUAGUCGGGGUGGCUCUGCGCAGCGGAGUGGCUCAGGUGGUGGUCAGCGCCAGCAGCAGCAGCGCAAUCGUGAGACCCCGUCCCCCCAGCAGCUUCGUGAGUGGUACACUGCGCGUCAGCGAGGUGGGGGUGCUGGUCCCUGCACCUACGUCCUCCGUACAGGCGACCGAGCUGGUGAGCAGUGCGGGGGCUUGCACUCCACCCAGCGCUGCUUCGGCCGCCUGACGGACGUUUGGCGUCACCAGUUCCCUGACGACACUGAGAUCCCUCGCUGGGGUGAGCUGUCUAGGGCGGGGGUUGCUAUCUUUGAUCCUGACUAUGAUGCUAUUCUUGCUGCCAUGUAUGCUGUAUCUACUAGUGAUGAGGGUGACUGUUACCUCUGUCUUCCGCCUGAACCGGGCAUUGAGGCUGCUGCUCUAGGUGCUGGUGAGGCUGCUGCUCUAGGUGCUAGUGCGUCUGCUGCCCCAGGUUGUUG